ACGGAUCCUGAACAACCUCAUGCGCGUGCCUAUUCGACUCGCGAUUCUUACCAGCUUCUAUUCUACGGCUCGGAUGGCCUUUAGAGAACUGCGAUAGCUCUAUUAUGAGCAAGUUAAGGGCAUCGUGGCGGUAGCUAGUCGACGCCACUAAGCUCGGCCUCCGAGCCUAGCCAGGACCUCGCAGUGCUAUUGUCAGCCUCACGUGCCACAAAAGGACCCGCUGGCAUCAACAUUUUGUCAGACCUUCUCGACUUCCUCUCUUCUCUAUACGACGCCUUCCUGGCCCGCGGAUGCAAAAAAGCGCGGAGUCGCGCCGAGUCCCCUGGCCUUCUAGUUCUGCCGCGGAGUUCGGACCCCAACUUUACGAAGCGCAGCGCAGCACAGCACUUCAGGCUGGCCGUUGUCGACGCGGCUGACAGGCGGAUAUCGAAUGGAAAAGAGAAGGUAAAGACGCAACAAGGCAAGGCAUACCCUUCCCUCGACCAUGGUUUUUGGAUACGAGUUCGUCACAUUGGACAAGGGACAAAAACAUGCGCGGAGAGAGCUCCUUGAUUUCUACGGCUUGGUAGCGCAGUGGUCUGUCCUGUUCGUCUUCGCCGUAUUUCAGCUUUGCUUCUUCCUAGCAUGGCUCACCAAACACGGACUGGAGUAUGAGCGGCCGAGGUCUCCGUCCUUCAACAAGCGCCUCGACGGAAAACGGACAUGGUUACGGAAAUCACGACAAGGCUGGGCCCGGAUGAUGUGGUGGCUCCAGAAGCCUGUGAUCCCAGAUUGGGGAACUAGGACAGAAUGGAUUGGAGGAGGCGUUUGGACGUUUUGGCUGUUGUAUCUCUGCGUAGUCCGCACCGGAAAUGACUAUCUUCAUCUCACCAAGCGUUUCGGAGCGAUUGGAGCCUCACAGCUACCGCUACACUAUCUGCUUGCCAUGAGGGCGCCUUAUUCGCCGAUCCAGUGGCUCACGCGGCUUUCUCAUGAGCAACUAAAAGCUUCACAUCAAGUCUUGGGACGCAUUAUCUUCGCCCUUUUCGGUCUGCAUGCGGCUUUCUAUUUGAACUUCUUCGUGCGAUCUGGCUUCCUAGCCAAGCGGAUCAAGGAUAAAGAUGUCAUUUUCGGAAUCAUCAGCAUCACCCUCUUCUCAGCUAUCAGUACUACCGCUCUAGGCCAAUUGCGGCGAUGGAACUACCGAGUUUUCUAUGUUUCACACGUAGUAAUCGCAAAUAUCCUGGUAGUGCCGCUUUUCCUCCAUGUACACCAUAUCCGGCCAUAUAUCUGGGAGGUCGUCUUGGUCAACGCCUUACACCUGGUCUUUCGCACGAAGAGCCUCAAGAUCUACUCCGGUACCAUCAAACUCCUACCUGGAACUAACCUCGUGGAAGUCCGCAUCCCCUUAGCGAGCAUGAGCUCAGCUCUUACAUGGCAACCUGGACAGCACGUCUACCUGAGUCAACCCACAGGGUCGAAGUACUCGACGGCGUAUGACCAGUUCGUAUUACGGAAUCAGACCAAUCCGUUCACCGUCGCCUCAAUCCCGGUCAAGGACAAGGAGCUGCUUCUUGUGGCACGGACUAUGAAGGGUAAUACCAAGCAGCUCGCAGAGUUGGCGCGUUCUCUUUCCACAGACGCUCCUGGUGAAGCCCCUAGCAUUCCAAUAGCGCUAGAAGGACCCUACGGCGCUUCAACCCAUCUGCCCGACUUCUCUGCAUUCGACCAGAUACUGCUCGUAGCCGGCGGUAUCGGUGCGACGUUCACAAUGCCGAUCUAUCGCAGCAUACUCGAGUUUCAGGACCCCGAUCACGCCGGCCACCCGCAAAUCCGCUUCAUUUGGGCCGUCCAAAAGCUUGCAGACACGCAGUGGGCGUUCCCCAGCAGCGACUCCGCACACGACGAAGAGUCGGAAGAGGAAGGAGCGAAGGAUCCAAGCGCCGUAGAGGUUUUCGUGACACGAGGCUCGGGACCGAGUCUGCAGGUAGCCGAGAACGGAGACGAGAUAGAGCUGGCGGAGGACGAUCAGCUGCUUUCGAUGGAGGAGGAGAUGAAGAAGCCGAGGAAGGGAAUGGAGUUGAAGGUGGGGCGACCGAAGAUAUCAGCGAUCGUGGAUGAGGUGUGUAGUAAAGGCGCUAGGGUUGCCGUCAUUACCUGCGGGCCACGCCGAAUGACAAGAAAGUUGAGCGAUAGCGUGAGGCAGUGGGUCAACCAAGGGCAUGAGGUGUACUGGCAUGAGGAGACGUUCGGUUGGUAGAGGAUCAGCAAUACUACGACUUGCAGUUUUCGCGUCGUUGAAGGAUUCCGAGGUAGCCAAUGUGCGGUG